AUGCAGUAUCCAUCAGAGAUUCACCUUAUUGGCCACAUUGGCUGCGUGCAAAUGAAAGAAGACAGUCAAGUUUAUCCAAACAUAAUCAAACCAAACAACGAGGUUGAUAUUUACAUUAAAUGGCUAAGUGACUGGAGUAGACAAAAUCUUCCUAAUAGAAUUGAUUAUUACGCAACACUGCGUGAUCCACCACAGAAGAUACUUUUCAGCACGACAUUUGCACCUGGAUCUUCAGGGUCACCUGGUUUUAUGAUUAAACAGCAGAAAGCUUAUGUCGUACUUAUUGUCAGAGCUGGUGUUCCCAGUUGCUUUUACGAAGAUGGUGUACAUGUACCUGCAAAUAAAAGAGUUGAGUAUGGAUAUGCUUUAGAGGCAAUAAAUGCAAAAAUGCGAAGUUCCACUUCAGAAAACAUUAAAGCACCGCUUGUCUGCUGCUUCGGAUAUAUGUGGAAUGAAACGGUAAACGAAUGCAUUCAAUGUUUGGAUGGAUUUUAUGGUGAGAAAUGCUCGUCACCUUGUCCUUAUCCAACAUUUGGCCGGAAAUGUGAGGGGGAUUGUAAUUGUACGAAUGAGAGUUGUCAUCACAUAACUGGCUGUGGUAUAUAUGGAUCAACAUUAGCAGCCACAAAUGCAAGCGGCCUCAUUAACAAACAUAUGAAGAACAGUGACGCAAUGAAUAAUCAACUCUCUGACAUAGCUACAUGUACAAGUACAGAUAAAGAACUGAACUCCUCAGUAUUGGGUGGUACUUCAGUUUGCUGCGCUGGUUAUGUUUGGAACGACGCUUCAGGCAAAUGUACCCCUUGUACUUUAGGCUUUUAUGGACCAGACUGCAAUGAUCCCUGUCCGUACCCAUCAUUUGGAAAAGACUGCCAGUCCUCCUGUAAUUGCAGUAAAUUAAAUUGUGACCAUCAGCUGGGAUGUAGGAAAAACCCUCAAGAUUGUGACAUCGGGUAUUAUGGAUACUUUUGCGAGGACCUUUGCAGAUAUCCUAGUUAUGGUAACAUGUGUCAAGAACAUUGUAAAUGUGAAGAGGAUAUGUGCCAUUUUGAAAAAGGAUGUAAACAUACAUUAACAAAAUCAGUCACUACAGAUAUUGGAUAUCUUACACGUCCAUCUGACAGUUCUGCAGUUCUCAUCAUCUUUGAUAAAUCCUUGGGAAACAAUUCUGUUCCUGUAUUAUCAACAACAAGUGAUCAAGGUACAAAUAGAAAUUACUAUUAUUAAAUAUAUUAAAAUGUAUUAUUUCCUUCAAACGUUGAUUGUACUGAGUACAUGUAGCAGGAAGGUAUCAGAUUAUUUGAUAUAUUCAUAGGCUUAAUUAAUCAUGUUAAAAAGGUAUUUA